UGAAGCUUGGCGUUGCUGAAACCUACUGAAUGCGACAACAGAUCAGCUCCGGUGUUGUAUUGCACGAGGACACAGCCUUUCGCCUAGACGCUAGUGCGCAUUGACUAUGCUACUACCUUCCUCCUCUCCAUGUGCUAACGUGCUUUGGCGGAUUCUCCGCCAGUACCAUGACGUCUCUACCCCGAGGCUUAAACCGGGUUCACUGGGAAUGUUAUAAGAAGUUCCAUCGCAACAGGUAAAUGAUUGCGUUCGAUCGUGGUCUGACUGAUCUACACCGCCGUCACCAUGGUCAACAUCACGAAUGUCGACCUGCUCACACUAGCGACAAGCAUUCCUUACGCCAACCAACUCCAAGCUGUUGCGAAUGCCUCAACGAACUACAUCUCCUUUUUGUCCUACAACAACUCAUUCGUGACCGACAUACUCGGCCCAAAUGUUUCGCAGUCCUUGGUUGCGCACACCGAUUGGGUUGCGUUCCAUGAAGCGGGCGUCUACAACAUCGAGACUGGGAAGCUGUAUGCGACGAGUAACUGGGCGGGCAGCUUCAGCAACCCCAUCAACGUCACAGCCAUUGACAUCCACAAUAACAAUGCAAUCUCGUCGAUCCGCUACAAUCAUCUAGCAGAGGCAAACGGCGGCGCUGCCUUCUACCCGGUUGGAUCGCCUGCGAACAGCAGUGCCGGGCAGCAGAUUGUCUUCUGCGAUGAAGGUGACCUUACAAACCCAGCGCAACUGGUGUUGGUCAAUCCGGCUACUAAUCAGAGUCGUGUGUUGCUGAACUCUUUCCUCGGAAAGAACUUCACCUCGAUCAAUGACGUCGAGCAGCACUAUCAUACGGGCGAUCUCUGGUUCACCGAUGUCCCUUACGGCUAUUGGCAAUACUUCCGCCCAGCCCCCGUAAUCCGCUACCAAGUCUACCGCUUCGAGCCGAACACCGGCGUUGUACAAGCGGUAGCCGACGGCUUCGAUGCACCCAAUGGUAUAGAGUUCUCGCCUGACUUCAAACACGUCUACGUUACAGAUACAGGCGUGCAUACGUUCCCAAACAAGGACAACUUCACAAACCCAGCCACCAUAUACAGAUUUGACAUUACCGAGGACGGCAAGCGGCUGCACAAUAGGCAGGUGUUUGCCUACAGCGAUAACGGCUUUCCAGACGGCAUUCACACAGACACCAUGGGUAAUGUGUACUCAGGCUGCGGAGAUGGAGUCCAUGUGUGGAACCCGGAGGGGGUGCUGCUUGGCAAAAUUGCGGUGGCAAACGGCGGAGUCAACAACUUUGCGUUCGUCCCCGACGGCAUGUACAUUUUCAACGCACAAAACCUUUUCAAGGUCACCUUGAAGGCACAAGGAAGGACGGUGCAGCGUGACUUUGGCCUACAAGCGACUGCGCAAACUACGACUGCCCAACAAACGACUGCUCAACAGACGACUGCUCAACAAGCGACAACUCAACGUCCGCAGCCAUCAGGCACCCAAUGGAGACCAUGGGCUUGAGCUGAACACUCUGAAACGUGAUAGAUCGGGAUGAACAUACGAUCGCUGAGCCACCACAUGCAGCUGAGCGGCGUAACCGAGAUCUUGGAUUCGGCAGGCCUACAUUAUACCGCUAUGUGCUAUAGUAUGUCUCAGCCAAGCCACUUCAUGUAGGACCGUGAAAGCAUUCAGCUCGCAUGUGCCAGAUAGCCCGAUUGCCGUUACAGAAGACGGCAAGCCCACAGUGAUGCAUGCUUGCCCUUGUGGUCAGAACUGUCAGAUUUACAGCAGGCCCAGGUAGCCAACGUACCAUGCAAAGCCAUUACUCGUAAACUGCACUCCAACGCGGACGAAAGCAGUGUGAAAAUGCCCCAGGGAGCAGAUCAGCCAUUCCCGAAAUUACAACGAAUAUGUAACGCCAGCAUCCUCCGCCAUGGCU